AUGACUGAUUUGCUUGAUACUCUCACUCAGGAGCUAAAUCAAUUUACUACUGCUGGCCAGCAAAGCUUAAACAGUUUGAUAGAUAGCACGGACACAUUUCUUCAUCAGUUGCGAGAUAUGGAAGCGGAGUUGGCAUGCGAACUUGAAAUUGAAACCAAAGAGAAUCAUAAUGCUGUGAAUCUACAGAACGAGCAAGACUCUGAUGAUACAUUUCAUUUCCAACAAAUCAAUUCAAUACACAGGGGAAAAUCCAAUGUGAAACUUUUACAGGGCCAACAAGAAGUGUGGUACAAGUCAUCCAUUGAUAAACUCAAGUCUUACAAUUCUGCAAACAACAAGUUUCAAAAAAAUAUCUUGAAUAAUUCCAAAUUCUUCAUUGAUAUCAAUGAGGCAUAUAGCUAUCCAUUGAAUAUAGAUAGUCAUCCAGUUUGUCCAUUUGAUCUUGAAAAUGAGAUAAAUGAAGAGAUGUCAUCAUUUUCAUCAAGGUCUACUUUUCCUUUAUCUUCGUCAUCGACGUAUCCGUUGUCUGCCCCAUUACCGGCCCAUAUUGAAGCCAACUUUGAGAAACAAGAGGGCACGGAGGAGUUAAUGAAAGCUAUUAUUUUACACUUACUAAAAUCGGGCUAUAGUAAUGUCGUUCCUUUGCUCGUGAAUCAAGUAUCCCCUCUGCUUUCUACGACAUAUAGCAUUGACUUUGAGCUUUCUCAACAAUUCACAUUGCUUCAUGAAAUUUUGGAUGAUAUAUGUUUAAGACACGAUUUGCGGCAAGCACUAGGCUGGUUUUACACCAAAUACAAUGAAAACAUGGAAAAAAACCCAUCAUUUGUAGACUCUGUGGAUGCCGAAACAUUCAGCAGUACUGAAUUUAAAUUCCAUAUGCUUCAGUUCAUUCUACUAUUGAAUGGAAAGCAGCUGGAAUUUUCGUCCCAGGAUGCAAUCGAAGCAUAUAUAUAUUCGAAAGAGCAUUUUGAGAGGUUCUUAAAGAAGUAUCUACAUGAAAUGGCACCUCUUUUAACUUUGAUGUUAUUCAAUGAAGAUGAUGACUCCGGGAUUGAAAACUUUUCCAAACUGCGGAAUAAAGGGCUUGCAGCUCGCGACUUUAUCGAAAAGAUGAGAAAUGGGUUUCUCAUCGAUAAAGAUUCGCACCGUGGGAACGCCAAUACAUCGCAAUUAGAAUUUGUUUCCCUUCUACUUGAUUGUUUUACAAAUGUCCACGAGCACCAGAGUUUGUUUACGAAAUUGGCAAAUGACUUUGUUUCCGUCUAUUGUAAGACCUUGGAAUUAUCAAGCGACUCUCCUUUAUUUCAAAGUAUACUUGCUGGCCAUGUGUACUUACCAAGCUUUUACAAAUAUAAUAGAAUCCACUCCAGAUUGAAAGGACAAAAACUACUCACAGUUCACGACGAAGAGGGUGCACUUGAAACUGAACUGGGUUCAGCUCUAGGAUCUGGCUUUACAUCUGGUUUUGGGUCAGCACCUGAUUUGUCCAAAAAUAAACUAAAAGGUUCAAGCAAUGGUACAGGCUAUAAUUUUGAAUUACCUUUUCAAUUACUGGAUCGAAAUCGGUUUCUAUUUAUUAAUCAUCCGAUUUUCGUCUGCCCCGUCUCUAGAGAACAGGCUAUUCCAGUAACAUAUGAACUUGUCACAUCAACGAGAAUUGAAAAAGUACCGGGACUGCAAUUAACAGUGACUAAGGAGCACCAUUUUCGAGAUUGCUCUUCUACCACACAGGUUGUGGCUCUAAAUUUUUGCAAUCAUCUCGCUCUACGCGAGAGUAUCUGGCAGCUUUCGAAAAAGGGGAUAGAUAUUUUUAAGUGCCCUUACUGCUCCAAGAAACACAAGUACACUGAUGUGAGUGAUGCUUUCUUUAUAGAUUUAUAA